AUGAAUGUACGGGAUACGACCUCCAACCGUGCAGGCUCCAAAUUUGGCGGCGGAGGUGUCGCCUCAUCAUCCGCUACUAAUGCCGAUCGUCGCGAACGUCUGCGCAAGCUCGCGCUUGAGACCAUCGACCUCGACAAGGACCCGUACUUCUUCAAGAACCAUGUUGGAAGCUUCGAAUGCCGUCUUUGCUUGACGGUGCACCAGAACGAUGGCUCAUACUUGGCGCAUACACAGGGGAGGAAACAUCAGACCAAUCUGGCUCGACGCGCUGCUAAGGAACAGAGGGAAGGCAAGAAGGACGAUGCGAUGCAGACAGGCUUGCUCGCGGGUGUUCAGGUCAAGAAGAACGUCAUCAAGAUUGGUCGACCGGGCUACAGGAUAACAAAGGUUCGCGAUCCGGUCACCCGCCAGAAUGGGCUUCUGUUCCAGUUUCAAUUCCCAGACAUCACCCCGGGCACGAUUCCCCGUGUGCGCUUCAUGAGCGCAUACGAGCAAAAGGUGGAGGACCCGGAUCCCAAUUACCAGUACUUCAUCGUCGCUGGUGAGCCCUACGAGACGGUCGCGGUGAAGCUGCAAGCUCGCGAGGUGGAUCGGCGAGAAGGCAAGUUUUGGACAUGGUUUGAUGAGGAUAACCAAGAGUUCUGGUGCCAGCUUCUCUUCAAGACGGAACGAGAUGAGCGCUUCAGUGCUGUUCCCGGCCUUGCUCCUGGACGCAAAUGA